AUGAAUUGGCUACGUGAGAACACCUUCUACCACCUUCUGCCCUUCUUGUUGGCUGUUCAUGAAGUCAACCAGAAUUCAAGGCUCUUACCCAACAUCACCCUGGGCUACAACAUCUAUCAGAACUUUUUCAGUGCAAGACUGACAUAUGAAGCCAUGAUGGACGUGUUGUCCACAGGGCAGGAGAACAUCCCAAACUACAGAUGUGGAAGACAAACGAACCUGCUGGCAGUCCUUGAAGAGAUGGAUUCUGAACUCUUUGAUCAUAUUUCUAAUGUCUUGAGCAUCUACAAAAUCCCACAGACGGUGCCUUAUUCAAGAUGUACAGAAAGUUGCUCCCCAGGUUAUGCCAAGCUUGUGAGAGAGGGAGCACCAGUUUGCUGCUACGACUGUUCUCUGUGCAUGAAAGGAACAUUCUCUGUGCAAGAAGAUGCAGCCCACUGUGAAAAGUGUCCAGAUGACCAUCAUUCCAAUAAGAAGCGAGAUCAGUGUGUCCCUAAAAGUAUAAGCUUCUUAUCCUAUGAGGAAUUGUUGGGAGUCAUCCUGGCUUUCUUUGCCAUUGUUUUGUCCCUGAUCACUGCCUUUAUUCUGGGAAUCUUCAUUAAAUACCGAGAAACUCCCAUAGUCAAAGCCAACAACUGUGAACUCACCUACAUCCUCCUGGUUUCACUCCUGCUUUCUUUCUUGACUUCUCUUCUAUUCAUUGGUCGCCCCAUAAAAAUGACUUGUUUUCUUCGACAAACCAUUUUCAGUAUUGUUUUCUCAGUUGCUGUAUCUUCUGUGCUGGCCAAGACGGUAAUGGUGGUGGUGGCCUUCCUGGCCACAAAGCCAGGCAGCAGCAUGAGGAAAUGGCUGGGGAAGAAUCUGGCCAACUUUAUUGUCUUAUCCUGCUCUGGUAUUCAAGUAGGCAUCUGUAUGAUAUGGCUUGGAAUUUUUCCCCCAUUCCCAGAUUCUGACUUUCAUUCCCAUCCAGGACACAUCUUGUUGCAGUGCAACGAAGGCUCAGUUGCCAUGUUCUACACUGCCCUUGGCUACAUGGGUUUUCUGUCUACCAUUUGCUUCUUGGUGGCAUUUCUGGCUCGAAAGCUGCCAGGGAGCUUCAAUGAAGCCAAACUGAUCACCUUCAGCAUGUUGGUUUUUUGUAGUGUAUGGAUCUCCUUUGUACCCACCUACUUGAGCUCCAAAGGGAAAUACAUGGUAGCCGUGCAGAUCUUCUCCAUCCUGGCCUCCAGCCUGGGUUUACUAGUCUGCAUCUUUAUCCCCAAAUGCUACAUUAUUAUCCUGAGACCUGCCAUGAACACCAAAGAAAAUCUGAUGAUAAAAAAUCAUUAG